AUUUAAAACUACGAUUAAAAUGAAACACUUAUGAAUUGUAUUACACUGCAGUUAAUUAAUAAUAAUAAAAAGGUUUGUUAGUAUUAAAUGGUUAAAGUGGCCGGAGAAAGUGGUUAAAGUCCCCUGCUUUUAUCCAACCGCCGUCGAUUAACCCUCCCCGGAGACAAACCCCCAUCUCUUUCAAACCAAAAAAGCUCGAGAAGAGAGAGAGAAAGAGUUAGUUGUGGAGAGAGAGAGAGCAGAAAAAAAAAAGAAGAAGGUUGGUUGGUUCGACCCCUUCUCUCUCUCUCCAUUCCCCCGAGUAUGGUGAGAGUACUACUUAGCAGUAAUGGAAAGAAGCAAGAGACUUUAAAACCCCUUCUCCCUCUCUCUCUUCCCCCAUUAAAACCCCAUCAGUUACACAAUUUCUAAAGAGAGAGAGGGAGAGAGAGACUUUAGGAAUCUGUAAUGAAUGUGAAGAAGCAAAAAAAAGGGUUAGGAACCACUAAUGGCGGCUUUAGGCUGACGCUUUGAUGUAAUAAUAAGCUUUGAGCAGCUAAAGCUAGAUAGAGAUCACCACCAUCCUCCUCUGUUUCUCUCUCUAGGGGGAUAGACAUUAUUACGGCUAAAAAACAGAGCAUUUGUUUCUCUCCUAAUUUUUAGAGCAAAAAAAAAUCAAUCUAAACAUAUCAAUGAUUUGUUGCCUUAAUCACACCCUUUCACCUCCCGUAAUCACAGCCUCUUUCAGAUUCUCUUCCGUUUCAUUUUCCUUUUAAUCUCUCUCCUUCUCUCUCUUCUCUCUGCAAAAAUAAAGUUCAAAACUUUUGCCUUCUCUCUGUUUCUAGUGGGUCUGACGACAGUGGUGUAAAUGGUCCAUUAACAGUUUCUUGUUGUGUGAAACACUAAGUAAAAAAAAAGAGUCUUUUUACUCUCUUCUCUUCUUUUCUCAAAAGAGGGGAUGAGUUUCGUCGUCGGAGGAAGUGGUAGCGGUGGAGGCGGAGACGGCGGUGGUGGUGGUAGUGGUAGCCAACGACACGACGGAGGCUCUGAAACUGAUAGGAAGAAGAAACGUUACCAUCGUCAUACUGCUCAACAGAUUCAACGCCUCGAAUCGAGUUUCAGGGAGUGUCCUCAUCCAGAUGAUAAGCAGAGGAAUCUACUUAGCAAAGAGUUGGGUUUGGCUCCUCGUCAGAUCAAGUUCUGGUUCCAGAACAGACGUACUCAGCUUAAGGCUCAACAUGAGAGAGCAGAUAACAGUGCACUGAAAGCAGAGAACGAUAAGAUUAGAUGCGAGAACAUUGCCAUCAGAGAAGCUAUCAAGCAUGCUAUAUGCCCAAACUGUGGUGGUCCUCCCGUUAGUGAAGAUCCUUACUUAGAUGAGCAAAAGCUUCGCAUGGAAAACGCUCAUCUCAGAGAAGAGCUUGAAAGAAUGUCCACCGUUGCAUCAAAGUACAUGGGAAGACCAAUCUCCUCUCACAUCUCAACGCUCCACCCAAUGCACAUCUCCCCCUUGGAUCUGUCUAUGACUAGUUUAACCGGUCCUUCGCUGGAUUUCGAUCUUCUUCCGGGAAGCUCUAUGUCUACUAGUAACUUUGCUGUAUCUGACAUGGAUAAGCCUAUUAUGAACGACAUUGCCUUGACUGCCAUGCAAGAAUUGCUCAGGCUUUUCAACACAAACGAGCCUCUGUGGAACAGAGCAGAUGGGUGCAGAGACGUUCUCAAUCUUGGAAGCUAUGAGAAUGUUUUCCCAAGGUCAAGUAACCGAGGGAAGAACCAUAACCUUAGAAUCGAGGCGUCUAGGUCCUCUGGUAUUGUUUUCAUGAAUGCUAUGUCACUUGUUGACAUGUUUAUGGAUAGUGCUAAGUGGGGAGAGCUGUUUCCUUCAAUCGUAGCAGCUUCUAAAACCCUUGCAGUGGUUUCUUCAGGAAUGGGAGGUACCUAUGAGGGUGCAUUGCAUUUGAUGUAUGAAGAGAUGGAAGUGCUUUCUCCAUUAGUAGCAACACGCGAGUUCUGCGAGCUACGCUACUGUCAGCAGAUUGAACAAGGGAGCUGGAUAGUUGUAAAUGUCUCUUAUCAUCUUCCUCAGUUUGUUUCCCACUCUCACUCCUAUAGGUUUCCAUCCGGAUGCUUGAUUCAGGACAUGCCUAAUGGAUACUCCAAGGUAACUUGGGUUGAGCAUACUGAAACAGAAGAAAAAGAAGCGGUUCAUGAGCUGUACAGAGAGAUGGUUCACAAAGGGAUUGCUUUUGGAGCUGAACGAUGGGUUACUACUCUCCAGAGAAUGUGUGAGAGAUAUGCUUCUCUAUUAGCACCAGCAGCUUCAUCUCGUGAACUCGGUGGAGUGAUUCCAUCGCCGGAAGGGAAGAGAAGCAUGAUGAGACUUGCUCAUAGAAUGGUUAGCAACUACUGCAUAAGUGUCAGCAGAUCUAACAACACUCGCUCGACUGUUGUUGCGGAGUUGAACGACGUUGGUGUCCGUGUGACUGCACACAAGAGCCCUGAACCAAACGGCACUGUCCUCUCUGCGGCUACCACUUUCUGGCUCCCAAACUCUCCUCAAAACGUCUUCAACUUCCUCAAAGACGAAAGAACCCGUCCUCAGUGGGAUGUUCUUUCAAAUAGUAACGCUGUGCAAGAAGUUGCUCACAUCGCAAAUGGAUCACAUCCUGGAUGCUGCAUAUCGGUUCUACGUGCAUCAAGUGCAUCACAGAGUAACAACAUGCUGAUUCUACAAGAAAGCUCAAUAGACUCAUCAGGAGCACUAGUUGUGUACAGUCCGGUGGAUUUAUCAGCGCUGAACAUCGCAAUGAACGGUGACGAUACUUCAUACAUCCCCCUCUUGUCCUCAGGUUUCGCUAUCUCACCAGACGGAAACAACAACAGUUUAACCGCUGAGCAAGGAGGAGGAGGGGCCUCAACUAGCUCAGGAAGGUCAUCAUCAUCAAGCGGUUUUGGAGGAGGAGGUUCGUUGAUAACGGUUGGGUUUCAGAUAAUGGUUAGCAACUUACCGUCUGCUAAACUGAAUAUGGAGUCUGUGGAAACGGUUAAUAACCUGAUUGGAACCACAGUGCACCAGAUUAAAACCGGGUUGAACAACUGUCCUAGUGCUUCAGCUACAGCUUGAUGAUACCAACCAUUAAAAGCUCUGGGCUGUCUCUUUCUCUUCAGUGAAAGUGAAUGCCAUAGAGAGAGAGAGAGAAGAGAGGACAUUAACUUCAAAUUGUUCUGCUACUACUACUUCUGUUCUUGGUACAAAACCUCAUUUAAACAACCAGCUGGAUUCUUUACUCACUUUCCUCCUCUUCAUCAUCAUCUCUCUUCAUUUGUUGUUCUUUUAAUGAGUUCUUUUGUUUUUUACUACUAUUAUUAUUAUUGUUUUGGUUAGAAACUAGAAGUCAAGAACGCACCAUGCAAGUUCAAACUUUCUUUGUAUGGUUCGGGUAUUGACUUCUAUCGCAAGGUUUUGUUUCUUUGCGACAGUUAAAGCUUUUAUUUAAACUUUGUUCAUCUUUCCAUUAAAAUGGUAUGUUGUUCUGCUUUACC